AUGACUCGUGGAAAGUACCAGGCUUCUGGUGGAUUGAUGGCGGACGACGACCACACCUGUGUUCGGUUGAUGUAUUGCGCCAACUUCUCCCGCAGGUUAACUUACGGGAAAACAUACGCUAUCGAGGGCUUUCUGGUUGGUGCAAAGAGGCACGAAAUGCCAUUCCUAAUGUUCAACAUCAACGAAACCCGCAAACUGCCGUCUACGCACGCGGACAAAGAAACUCAAGUUCAAUCACUAGACAUGAUGGAGUUGACAAACAUGUGA